AUGAGGCAAACUCGUGCACUCGCUCUCUUUGGCGCAAUCGUUUUCAUUGCCUUAAUCGCUAGUCUUUCUCGUUUAAACUCUGACAAUUUAUCGAGUUAUAUUCCGCAGAAAGCGCAGAAUUAUUUUGAUUAUGAGACGCCACCAGAUUCAGAAGAGAUCUUAAGGGUGAAUGCAAUCUUGGAGGAGUUUUUAUCGCGUCCAGUCCUAUCUUACGAUGAUGCUGUUGCAAUGAAUUCCCAAACCUGCCCGGUUAAUGGGACGAACUAUGAUCGAGGUGCUGUUGAUGGAAAUGUGAAAACGUGGGCAGAUAUACCUUCAUCUCAGAUUUAUGCGUGGCGCAAAGGUAUCACAACGAAUUUACGCCGCAAGCAAAUUGAGGCAAUUGGGAAAUCAAGCUCAUCACCUUCUGACGCCGAUAUGCCAGGGAUGGAAAAAAAGAUCAAAAGAGGAAUUGUAAUGGCCGCGGGAGAUCGUCACGCCUUGAUUCGUGCGCGAACUUCCCUUAGGCUUUUGAAGUCUUACAACUGCACGUUGCCAGUCGAGAUAUUUCAUUUCAACUCCGAAUUAUCUGCACCUGCUCUUAGUAGUAUUCUCUCUGAUCUAAAAGAGUUGCAGAACUCUGACUCCGGUACUAGCGGCAUUAAAGUUACAAUGCGUGUAGUAGGAGACGUAUCAAAAGGGUCGGGUUGGAAAGAUUUCCAAAUAAAAGGAGCCGCCAUUCAGCAAUCUUCAUUUGACGAAAUCUUGUAUUUAGAUACAGAUUCUUAUCCUCUACGGAAUCUCGAAUAUCUGUUUGAAGGAAGAGAAUGGAGAGAUACGGGACUUCUCUUAUGGCCUGAUUAUUCAAAAUCUCAUCCCACCAAUCCGAUGUGGCGUUUAUUGGGUCAGCCAUGUCGGAAUGAAUACGAAGGGGAAUCUGGGCAGGUUAUGAUAUCUCGAACUCGACAUCAGGAUAUCCUAUGGUUGAUUGAGUAUUUUGCACUUCAUCAUGAAGAAUUUUAUGGAUUUAUGGGAGGUGAUCGAGAUUCAUUUCGGGCUGCGGCACUUCUUCUUGGAAAAUCAUGGACCGGUCCAGGAAGAAUGAACGCUGUUGGGGCUGCGAAAAUUCCUGGAAGUUCUCAAUCCGGAGGACACACAAUGCUUCAAGCAGACCCAUAUGGAAAGUGGAUGUUCGUACAUGCGAAUCUGAUUAAGCAUUCUCAUUUCGAGAGGCCGCUAUGGUCGCAGGUUCAUAGGAUACGUGAUGAUUCUUUCAAGGAAGGUACUACAUAUGGUAAUAUUGAUUCGCCAAAUGAUAAGAUUGGGGAGGGUGUAAAAUUAGAUGUCGCUGUUAAUCCUAGAUUGGUAACGAGUAUGUCUACUUUUGAUGGAUAUGAUGAUGAUUUGGUGGUCGUUGAAGAUUGGGAUUCGUACGAGGAAUUGAAAGGAUUUGAAGAGAAGUGGUUUGGUUUUGGUGGUGUACAUUAA